UUUCACCUGUAUGGUCGUUCUAUCCUUUUGCAAAAAAAGAUUUCAAACCAUAAUAGCUGCCAGAAAAUAUCUGCAAAAUUAUGGCUUGGUUUUUUGACUGUUUUCUUAGUUGUUGGCAAAUUCGACGUCUUUGAAGGUAUCAACCCGUGAUGUCAUAGGCGGGAGGUGCUCAACAGCGAGCUUCGCCUUGCCGUAACGCCGUAUUUCGCCAGUGGCCUUGCGUGGAUGCUCUUACGCUGCCGGCAGUGCUUCAAGUUCUGUGUCAGUCGGCUGGCCACCAGCAUGAACCAGCGCCGGGCGGCGGCCGACGCGCCGGCCACCCCCAAGAAGCGCCUGCGCCACCGGUCCGCCGAGGCGGCGCUCUCGAACGGCUCUCACGCGCCGGAGCCGGGCGCCGGCGCCGGGGAGAGCGCGCCCCGGUCCGACCUCGGCCAGCAGCCGGCCGACAGCAGUGGUGGCGGCGAGCUGAGACCGGCCAACGGCGCGGGCGCCGGCGGCGACGCGCAGGCCGCCACAGCCCACACCAACGGCGUGCUCAAUGGUGACGGAAAACAUCCGCACUGGCCCACCGCGCACUUGCCUUCCAUGCCCUGGUUCGGGAUGGACAUCGGCGGCACGCUCACCAAGAUCGUGUACUUCGAGCCGACCGACACGUCGCCCGACGAGGAGGCCGAGGAAGUGGAGACGCUCAAGAACAUCCGCCGCUACCUCACCAGCAACUCGGCCUACGGCUCGACCGGCCACCGCGACUCGCACCUCCAGAUGAACAACGUGUACAUCUGCGGGCGUCAGGGCACCCUGCACUUCAUCCGCUUCCCGACCAGCGAGAUGGGCAACUUUCUAGAGCUGGCCAAGUCCAAGGGCAUGGCGACGCUGGCCUCCACCGUCUGCGCCACCGGCGGGGGCGCCUACAAGUUCGAGAAGGACUUCGACAAGGAGGUGAACAUGCAGUUGCACAAAUUCGACGAGCUCGACUCCCUCCUCAACGGCCUGCACUACAUUGAGAACAACAACAGCCACGAGCUCUACUACUGGGAGAACUCGUGCGAUGAGGCGCGCUGCCGCAAGGUCCCGUUCGACUUCAGCCAGCCGUACCCGUACCUGGUGGUGAACAUUGGCUCUGGCGUCAGUAUACUGGCUGUGUACGGACCAGAUGAGUACAAACGUGUCUCAGGAACAAGCCUGGGCGGCGGGACCUUCCUCGGGCUGUGCUGCCUGCUGACCGGCUGCAGCACGUUCGAGGAGGCCAUCGAGCUGGCCGCCCGCGGCGACAGCUUCCGGGUGGACAAGCUGGUCAAGGAUAUCUACGGCGGCGACUACGAACGCUUCGCCCUCAGUGGGGACACCGUGGCGUCCAGCUUCGGCCACAUGCACGUGCUGCAGCGACGGAAGGCGGUGAACAAGUGUGACCUGGCGCGCGCCACCCUCGCCACCAUCACCAACAACAUCGGCUCGAUCGCGCGCAUGUGCGCUCUCAACGAGCGCAUCGAACGGGUCAUCUUCAUGGGAAACUUCCUCCGUGUCAAUGAAAUAUCGAUGAAACUCCUCUCGUUCGCUAUGGACUUCUGGUCAUCCGGCCAGAUGAAAGCCCUCUUCCUGGAGCACGAGGGCUAUUUCGGCGCCGUCGGCUGUCUGCUGGAGCUCAUGAAAACCCGCCAGGAGUGAUCCGGCCGGCUCGUUCAGGCGGGAGCGCGACCACCGCCGCCCGCCGCGCCGCCGCGCCGUCGCCGCCCGCCCGUUCGCCUCCUGUCAGUGGCAGUCGCCAAUUUGUGCAGAGAAUGAUGGCCCCAUUUCGGCCAGAGCCAAAGGUCGGCGGUAGUCGGACGCUACGGCACCCGUCGGCUUCGUCAGGGCCGCGGAGUCCGACGGACCCGGCUCGGCCUCAGCGUCUGGCGCCGGUCGGUCGGUGGGAGCCGCACCGAUGCUGUGCCGCGGCCCGUGACGCGGCGUCGCGGCCGGCUCCCCCGGGCCCUGGCGACUCGCCGUCGACCUGAGCGGACAUGGUGUCCCCGAGGAACGCUCCGAAGCUGGCGGCCGCCCUGCAGCGCGGUAACGGGGGCAGCAACGCCUCCGGGGAUCCAGCGGCGCCGCGCAGGCUGCUGUCCAGGAGCAGGGACCACCGGGGCGGACGGCGAGGUCGCACUUCACCGCGGCCGUCGGCGUCAGGGCGUGCUUCGGCGGACGCGUGGACUGACUCAGCACCGACUCGCCAGUCGGAAACCGUGACCUACGCGUGUGAGCCGCUGUCGACGCACAGGGCGGCACCGGACCGCCAAACCCUUCCAUCCAGUCGCCCCCGCUGCUGGUCACCGGGGGGGGG